GUAGUUUUUGUUCCAACCUAACAACUUUCCUGGAAAUUAAAUUUGAGUAAUAGUUUAAGUGCUAUUUUCAGCAUUUCUUUCCUAUCUUACAAAGUUCAUGCACAAGUCUCUCCAGCACGUUCUGUAAAGUGGCUUCAAAGUCAUAAAGCAUGACUUUUUUCAACUUCCAGUUUUUUUUUUUUUAAUGUAUUUAGUACAAGCUCUACAGGGUCUCAAUAUGCAGAUCAGACUCUAGUGAUCCUCUUGUUUUCAGCCUCCCAAACACUGGGAUUACAGGAUUAUACACCCAGUCUUCAUCUUGCAGUUCUAUUCUCAAAGUGUAAAUCUGUAGUUCCACACCAGCCUCUCCAGGGUGCUCAUUCAAAAAUGGAAAUCCUCAGACUCUCACCCCAGGCUUGCUAUAUCAGAAACUCGGGGCGCAGCCCAGGAAAUCUCCAUUUUCACACGUCCUCCAAGGCAUUAAGUUUGGGCAGCCCUAAUCUAUGAGCCGUCAGAGCCGCAUCUGGCUCGCAGACCGUAGUCUCCACGUAAGUAAACCACAGAACUCAGGACCACUCGCCUCACAGAGCAGAGAGGAGUGGGCCGGGCGCCCUCCUAAAGCACUUUUCCCGAGCUGCAGAGGUCGUUCGGAUCCCGGCUAGGUGGGGAGGGGCGGCCGGACGGGGCGGGCCGGAGCCUGGUGUCCCGCCUCCCAAGUCCCAGCCUGCCGCGUCGCGCAGUCCCGCUGCUUCCUUUGCUCCUUUGCUCCUUUCCUUCCUUCCUUCCGCCGGGCGCGAUGGAGCCCGGGAGCCGGGCGGCCGCGGCGCUGCUGGCGCUGCUGUGUGCGGGUUGCGCGCUGCGCUCGGGGCGCGCCCAGUACGAGCGCUACAGCUUCCGCAGCUUCCCGCGGGACGAGCUGAUGCCGCUCGAGUCGGCCUACAGACACGCGCUGGACCAGUACAGCGGCGAGCACUGGGCCGAGAGCGUGGGCUACCUGGAGAUCAGCCUGCGGCUGCACCGCCUGCUGCGUGACAGUGAGGCCUUCUGCCACCGCAACUGCAGCUCGGCGCCCCAGCCCGAGCCCGCCCCCGACCUCGCUCGCUACCCAGAGCUGCGCCUCUUCGGGGGCCUGCUGCGCCGCGCACAGUGCCUCAAACGCUGCAAGCAGGGCCUGCCAGCCUUCCGCCAGUCGCAGCCCAGCCGCGAGGUGCUGGCGGACUUCCAGCGCCGCGAGCCCUACAAGUUCCUGCAGUUCGCCUACUUCAAGGCAAAUAAUCUCCCAAAGGCCAUUGCAGCAGCUCAUACUUUUCUACUGAAGCACCCAGAUGAUGAAAUGAUGAAGAGAAACAUGGAGUAUUAUAAGAGUUUGCCUGGGGCCGAGGACUACAUUAAAGACUUGGAAACUAAGUCAUAUGAGAGCCUGUUUAUCCGAGCAGUACGGGCCUACAAUGGUGAGAACUGGAGAACGUCCAUCACAGACAUGGAGCUGGCCCUCCCCGACUUCUUUAAAGCCUUUUAUGAGUGCCUUGCAGCUUGUGAGGGGUCAAGGGAGAUCAAGGACUUCAAGGAUUUCUACCUUUCCAUAGCAGAUCAUUAUAUAGAAGUCCUGGAAUGCAAAAUACAGUGUGAAGAGAACCUCACUCCAGUUAUAGGAGGCUAUCCUGUCGAGAAAUUUGUGGCUACCAUGUACCAUUAUUUGCAGUUCGCCUAUUAUAAAUUGAAUGACCUGAAGAAUGCCGCACCCUGUGCAGUCAGCUACCUGCUCUUUGACCAGAACGACAAGGUCAUGCAGCAGAACCUGGUGUACUACCAGUACCACAGGGACAAGUGGGGCCUUUCAGACGAGCAUUUUCAGCCCAGACCAGAAGCCGUUCAGUACUUCAACGUGACUACACUCCAGAAGGAGCUGUAUGACUUUGCUAAGGAAAAUAUAAUGGAUGAUGACGAGGGAGAGGUUGUGGAAUACGUGGAUGACCUCUUGGAACUGGAGGAGACGGGCUAGUCCACAACAGCCAGCGCGUCUUCACCUUGAUGUUCAGGAAAAACAUCCUUUGCUCUCCUUUUUCUAACACCCCAGCUUGUUGGUACCUCAGAGCUUUCCCUUUGCUCUGUGACGUGAAAGGGAAGCUCCGGGACCCCGGCCUCCAUGUGACGGGGUGAGCCUGUCUGCCCACUGUUCACACCUCUGUCCCCACGUUCACACCGUCUUCUGUCUGUCCUGCCUGUUCUCACCCCUGUCUUCCUCAUGUCCGUGCCCACCUCUGUCAGGUUCAUAUGUGCCUUUCUUACCAUUUUGGUUGGGAAUACAGUAUUCCAUGGUUUGUUUUUUUCCCCCCCAAAAAAGUCAGUAUUAUUU